AUGAGUGGGCCACUGCAGAAGCCCGGGGGUUUUAUUCCACGACCGCCAGGGAUGCCGCCGCUGCCACCCGGCUUUAAAAUACCGCCGGGCAUGACGCCACCGUCCGCGCCGCCCAUGCCGCCAGGAAUGGCUUCCAUGCCACCCAACAUGCGUGUGGGGGCGCCGCCACAGCCAAGAAUACAGGUUGGGAAUGACGGCUCUGCUGGUGUUGCGCCGCCCGUGCCGAUGCCUCCCGGUGGAUACACCAUGCCCCCAGGUCGUUAUCCACAGCCACCUGCUCACUUGGUUCCAAGACCGCGGGGGGACGUGGAACACGGAUUUCAGAAUCAUCAGCAAUUGCUUCCGCCUGGUCUCGUGCGUAACCCAAAUGAGAUGUAUGCGGCAAGAGAUGACCACGCCCCGGUGUUGUUGCCCGGUGCUGAUCCGCAUGGGUAUCCGGCAUCAUCCUACCCCCAAGGGCCGUAUGGAGGGGCUGUGGGACCUGAGGCUGGGGAUCAUCGGGGUGGGCACCUUUACAGGGGCCGACGAGAGGAUGAAUUACGAGAACCAACCAACACCGUCUGGGUAGGAAAUCUUGAUUUGCACGAGCAUACUGAGGAAGCCUUGAGACGCGAAUUUUCUGAAUUUGGAGGGGUCAUACGUAUUGCAAGGGUUCCGGAUAAGAGUUAUUGUUUUGUGCACUUUCGUUAUGUUGAGGAGGCUCGGAACGCUGUGGAGGCACUCAGUGCACGAGGUUCUUUGGGCAGAGCGCGAUUCAACUAUGGAAAAAUGUUUGAGUAUACACAGGAGGAGUUGGAGAUGCCCAGAGAUGUCACCGGUCACAGGCCUUCUCGCCGAGGACGUGAAGAGGAUCGACACGAUAACGAUGAUAGGCGGCGUCGAUCCCGCCGGGAGGAAGAACGCAUGGAACCCACAAACGUUUUGUGGCUGGGCGAUUUGCCUCCUACCGUCUCUAAUGAAGAGUUAAAUGAGAACUUUAAGGUGUUUGGUAAAAUUAAGACCAUUUCACGCUUGGAUAGCAGGAACAUGGCAUUUAUCCACUUUGAAACCAUUGAGGAUUGCACACAGGCUUUGGACUUGAUGCGGGAUCAGCCUAUUGGCGGAGCGCGGGUGGUAUUAAACUACGGUCGGGCGCAGCGUAACCAAACCUCCACGGAGACAGGCUUGACACCAGAUGGCAUUCCAGUCAAUGAAACUCCCACC